GCCUGAGCGGAACCUUUGUGAGCCGGAACAGGGGACGCGGGAGUCGGAGCGUGGCCGGUGGGGACUGUGGGCGCACCGCUGGCACCGGCGGGGAGCCAUGUUGGCGGCAGCGGCCCGGGGGCUCCGCGGAGCCCGGCUGAGUUCUUGGCUGCCUCAGACAGUUCCGUUCCGAGGAAGUCACUGGCAGACUUCGCUGCUGGCGUUCAGGGCAUCUCUCCCCAUGAGAGCACAACCAAUGAAGAAGAAGAAGAAAGUGGACGUAAAGAGAGAGCAAGCACAGAAGGAUCGUAUGAAAAAGAAGAUUAAAAAGUUGGAAAAAGCUCCCCCAGAAAUGAUUCCAAUUGAGGAUUUUAUAACACCACUUAAGUACUCAGACAGUAACAGGGUGCGAAGUCUUCCCCCUCUGUCGUUUGAGGAGACUGAAAGAAGAGUUUUACUUCUGAAAAAGUGGUGUUUGUUUAAGCAGAAACAAGAUAAGGCAGAAAAGAAAGCAAUUCAGACCCUUGUAGAAGCUCAGCAAGAGGCACUAAAGGAACUGCGCCUUGAAUCUGAGGAGUUGUAUCAGGCAGCAAUCAGACGAGAUGAGGGGCUUUUCCCCUUUGAGAGAGAUGGACCUAAUUAUACCCCACCACUUCCUGGUUACGAUCCCCCUGAAGGAAAAUGCAUUGAUAUCACCAAAGUGUAUACGCAGUGAUGGAGGAGUUUGUUGUUCAUCUGGCAUGAGCUACUCACCCGACUGAAGGAGGAAAAAAUGGAAUAAAACCAAACAAUUCCUUCUGCAGGUUAAAA